GUGGCUGUGCGUGGCUGUGCGUGAUGACGCCGCGGCGCUUCCGCUCGUCUCUGGCGGCCAUGAUGCAGGAGGGGCUGGACGACGGACCCGACUUCCUCAGCGAAGAAGACCGAGGGCCUCGUGCCGUCAGCGUGGACCUUCAGACUGAUGCGACUCUUCAGGUCGACAUUUCAGACGCUCUGAGUGAAAGAGACAAGGUCAAGUUCACCGUCCACACCAAGAGCACGUUGCCAAACUUUAAGCAGAAUGAGUUUUCUGUUGUGCGGCAGCACGAAGAAUUUAUCUGGCUCCACGACUCUUUUGUGGAGAAUGAAGAGUACGCAGGAUAUAUCAUCCCCCCGGCUCCUCCUCGGCCGGACUUUGACGCCUCCAGAGAAAAACUGCAGAAACUCGGAGAAGGUGAAGGAUCCAUGACCAAAGAAGAAUUCACCAAGAUGAAGCAGGAGCUGGAGGCGGAGUACCUGGCGAUCUUUAAGAAGACGGUGGCGAUGCACGAGGUGUUUCUGUGCAGAGUGGCCGCUCACCCCGUCCUCAGGAAAGACCUCAACUUCCACGUGUUCCUGGAGUAUGGACAGGACUUGAGCGUUCGGGGUCUCUGUCUCUUCAUAGAACAAAAGGAGAAGUUGGAGGAUUUCUUUAAGAACGUGGUGAAGUCUGCGGACGGCGUGCUGGUGGCGGGAGUCAAGGACGUGGACGAUUUCUUCGAGCACGAGAAAACUUUCCUGCUGGAAUAUCACACCAGAGUGAAGGACGCGUCUGCCAAAUCCGACCGCAUGAUCCGCUCGCACAAAAACGCUGCAGACGACAUCAACAGAAUCGCCUCCACACUUUACACACUGGGAACACAGGACGGAACAGAACUGUGCAAGUUUUUCCUCAAAGUUUCGGAGCUGUUUGAGAAAACCAGGAAAAUCGAGGCUCGUGUUGCGGCGGACGAGGAUUUGAAACUGGCCGAUCUGCUCAAGUAUUAUCUGAGAGAAUCACAGGCUGCCAAGGACCUGUUGUACAGGAGGAGCCGCGCUCUGGUCGAUUAUGAAAAUGCAAAUAAAUCUCUGGACAAAGCUCGAGCAAAGAACAGAGACGUUCUCCAGGCCGAGACGAGUCAACAGAUCUGCUGCCACAAGUUUGAGAAGAUCUCCGACAGCGCCAAGCAAGAGUUGAUUGAUUUUAAAACUCGUCGAGUUGCUGCGUUCAGGAAAAACCUGGUGGAACUGGCAGAACUGGAGCUGAAACACGCCAAGGGGAACCUUCAGCUGCUCCAGAGCUGUUUGGGAGUUUUAAAAGGAAACACUUAAAACCAACGUCACUGAACUCUACAAGACACAAGUCCAACCAGAACCAGGACCAGGACCAGAACCAGGACCAGGACCAGGACCGGGACCAGACCACAGAACCCCAGACCCCAAAUCAGAACCAGACUAGAACCAGGACCAGACCCCAGACCUGCUUUAACCCCUGAUUACACUAAACACCAGACCUGGACUUGGACCUGGACUUGGACCUGGACUUGGACCUGGACUUGGACCUGAACUUGGACCUGAACUUGGACCUGAACUUGGACCUGAGUUUGACUUCAGAGCCGCGUCAGACCCACCACAGUCCAGGUCAGUCUGUGUCCAGGAGACUUCAUGAAGGAACCAGGUCUGAACCAGGUCUGAACCAGGUCUGAACCAGGUCUGAACCAGGUCUGAAGGUCUUGGUUGGUUGAUUUUGAUCCUGGUCCUGGUCCUGGUUCUGGGGUCUGGGUUGUGGGUUGUGUUGUUGGACUUUGCGUCGUGUGUAAAAUAAUCCACAGGAGCUCGACUCUUUUACACUUUAUUAUUUUUCUUGUUUUGACUUUUCUGUAAAUUUUACAUAAAAACUUUAAAAUAUUAAAACACUUUGAAUUUAGAA